GUUGCGAGUAGUCCAACUUUUCGUUCGCGCUUCGCAAAUAUUGGACUUGAGAAAAACUCCCGUUGGUACCUACUCUCUAGCUCGAGUUGUGUAGAAGUUGGUGUGUCAAAUAAAUCAGAUUCUGACUGGUUGAGAACAGUGUGCGAAGAUCGCGAGAAACUCUUUGUGUGGAUUACCGAUUUUGUUUCCUUACGGCUUACCGGGGGAACAUCGUGAUCGUGUGUGGAUUGCCUUUUGUUUCCCUGUUAUUUUUUGCUUGCUUGCUUGCUCUGCGUGGAGUUUUGGACAAUCAAUUCAACUCGGUGCGACGGUGUUUCGAUUUUGCAGCAUCCGUGAACUUGGAAGAUCGUGAGUGAGUGUAACGAGGCAAGCAAAACAACGAGAGAAAAAAAAACAAAAAGGCGCAAAGCGAUGAUAACAGUUAAUUGCCGAAAAAUCUCAGUCCCCGGGUAAGAAAGCUUUUGCAAGGCGAUCUGCUGCUGCAGACUGGAAAAGUGUAACAUGAGAUCUGCACAACCGUGACAGGAGAGGUGGUGUACUUAAAAGUCGUUUAAAAAUUCGCCACCUGAGGAAAGGCGGCGAGAGCUCGCGCAAACAUAGGCCUGGCUGCUGGUGGAGAGCUGCAAAGUAGCCUGAAAGCGCAGAUAAGGCGAGAGAAGCCAAAAACCGUCCCAGACCCGUCGUACUUCUAGACCUGAAGGCCUGGAGAAGGCGCGCGCGCACACAUUUGGACGGGGCGAAAAAAAGGGCUCCCCAAAGAAGAAGCUGCGAAGAAAAUAAAAAUAUGAAAACGAGAUAGUUUUCAACGAGCUAGAGUCCGGACAGCAAAAAGAGAGAUGUUUUUGAAAAACGGCCGCUGCCAAGGACCGACGGUGGAGCGGUGACGGAGCCCAGCAAAUCAACUCCGGGCCGACUGACCGUGAGUGUGUGUCUUUCAUGAAUAAUUAAGCAUAUGGAAAGUGUUGAACGGAGCUUACGACGACGACGCGACGGCCGAUGGUGAAAACGGUCAGCAGCCGCCUAAACGCGCCGUAAUUUGAGCUCAGUCAAAUUGACGAAGAAAAGUUUCCACUUUUUCCUCGGUCAGUGUUGUAAUAUUUUUUUUGUUUUCCUGUUUUCGUAUAUUUUGGAGGAGAAGUUUGAGUGAAGUUCAAGUACCUAAACUUGUACAUUUGUUUCGCCCUCGAAGUGUUCCCGUUCUCGUGUUCGCGAGGCAAGCGAAAGAAUUCGCUCGGAAACGCGAAGCAUCCCGGCGGACCGGGUGAAGCCGGAGAAGAAGAGAUAAGGAGAAAAAUUCUUUCCGAAGAAGAAGUUGUGGGUGUAGAAAAGUUGAAAAAUAAUCUGAAAACAAACGUGAAACGAAGAAUUACAGAAAACAAGUUGGGAGAAAAACGAGCAGUGAGUACGUUGUAAAGAAGCUCUCCGAAGAAAAGGGGUUAAAGUUUGCUUACGGAAAAAAACGAAGCAGUUGUGAACCAUAAUUGCGAUAGUAAUAACCACAAAAUUGUGAUAAUCUAUAUAUGAUCUUGAGGGCGAAAAGUUAAUGUGAACGGAAAGAGUUAAAAGAAAGAAAGACGGGGAAGAAAAAAAACGCUACGGAACGCAGAAGGAAUAUAAAAAAAGAAUCUCUAAUAAUGUGUAAUUUUUCAAAACAUAUCAUCGAGCAUCAUCAACAAACCGGCGGACAUCCUCGGCCUCGGCAGCAGCAUCUUGUAGCAGUCGUCCUAUCCGCGUCAACAAGUGUGUAACAAGCGAAGAGAUUUAAUAGGAUUGUAAAAAGUUUAUCACUCGAAUAAAUCAAUUAUAAAUCGAGACAGCAGCAUCAGCGUUCUUCUCUACAAGCUCUAGGCAGGGAGGAGCAGGGGAGUGAGAGGGAGAGACUAGUGUGUGGAGACAGUGCAGAACACGAACCCCAGUUUACUGGAGCAACGAAGAGGGCGCGCGCAAAAUGUUUGACGUUCGUACCGUGGAAGCCGGUGGAAGUUGUGAUCAAGAUCGUGAUAGUGAUACAAUGUCAAUCACAGCGAGACGACGACGUGUAUUUCAGCGGCAGGCCUGUUUACUGAGCGUUAUGGCUGCCUUUUCCCUCGGGCUAGCACUUGGCGUGUUUGUGCCACUAAUUGGUAUGUCACAGGCGGUGACGAAUGCGAAGGGAUCAGCUGGUGCCAGCGGCGAUAGCAGUAGUAGUGGUAGCGAGAUGGAAAUUAAUGGUGGCCCACUUGAGCGGUACGAACAUUUGCCCCACAAACUGCCUCACUUUCCAACGAUCGACGACCUUCGGGGGAAGGAUUCGUACAAUUCAGUUUCGUUCAUAGCCGAGGAAAAACUCAAAGCCGAGGACGUGUUCCGGCAUGCAUUCCAUAUCGAUCAGAGGGAUGACAAAGAUACGAUGGUGAUCAAGAAGUUUGACCCGGAGGAUCGCUACAUUAAGGAGUACACGGUACGCCGAACGGCGGAUGGUCUGUUCCACAAGGGCCCCGAGAAAAAGCUUUCCCAGCCUUCGAUCAUCGAACAGAUCCUGAGCUCCGGUAAGCCGGAGAAGGAAAAUCAGGAUGAACCAACGAUCGACAUCGUUCAUCAGGCCUCCGAACAGCUCGAAGACGCAGAAGACGCAGAUGGGGUGAUUUUGAAUGACAUCUAUUGGGGAUCCGCGAUCGAAAGUGCGCUUCCGAAAGGCUUCGACAAACACCAAAGCGAAUCGUGGACGCGGUAUCUACAGAACGCAGAGGUUGAUCACCUCGAGAUAGGCUGUGGCCGGAUGCAGAACCGCAUGGUUGUGUUCCGAGACGGAACACGAGCUUGUGCACGGUACCGUCAGAACACGGACCAAAUACAAGGAGAGCUGUUUAGCUUCUAUCUCGGCCAGCUUCUGAACAUCACAAACCUUGCCCCGAGUGCUGCCUCAAUUAUCGACAUGGAAAACAAACUGUGGUCGUCCGUCACGGAAGACAUUUCAAACUCCCAGUGGAAAUCAACCAAACCGGUCGUGAUCACCAAAUGGAUAGGGAAUUUGGAACCCGCGGGAAUUCCCAAACCAUUCCAACCCCUGGAACGACAUUUGAACAAACUGGACAUUAGAAACAUCACCGAAGGACUCGAUUUGCCGAAACCGCUGAAGGGUCUUCUGGAUCGGCUCGGUGCCACGCCAACUCCCGAGCUGCAACCAAUUCGACCACCGGGCGCACCGCUCGGAGAGCCCGUAGUGAAACGGCUGGUGGAGUUGGCCCAGUGGUCGGACCUAAUCGUGUUCGACUAUCUGAUCGCGAACCUGGACCGGGUCGUAAAUAACCUCUACAACUUCCAAUGGAACGCCGAUAUCAUGGCAGCUCCGGCCCAUAAUCUCGCCCGCCAGAAAGACUCCCAUCUGUUGGUCUUCCUGGACAACGAGUCCGGUCUGCUGCACGGCUACCGGUUGCUGAAAAAGUACGAAGCCUACCACGGGCUGCUGCUGGACAAUCUGUGCGUGUUUCGGCGAUCGACGAUCGCGGCGCUCCAGCACCUGCGGGACAACAACGUGGGCCAGCGGCUGAACGAGCUGUUCGAGCGCACAACCAACGCCAAGAUACGGGAUGUGCUGCCACCGCUGCCGGAGAAAUCCGUUAAGAUACUAGUCGAUAGGAUUGAUCGAGUGUUAGGUCAAGUGCAAAAAUGUCGUGAAAUCUUCUCCAACCGAUAGCCGACAGUAGAGAAGGUGUAAGCUGAUUGGGGGAACAAAAACUGGAGGUAACAAAGCAAUCUUCGACAGGCUACACGAAAUGUUUUGGCAGCAGAAAAAAAAACACAGUGACCACGAAACAAGAGGCGAUUACCUUGGCGAAGCAUCGCGCGAGGUG